AUGAUUUCUGCGACGGGAGCGCCGGCAUGGCCAAGCUCGCUGCCGCUGUGGUUCAUGGCCCUUCUCGCCAUAGGCCUCCAUGCCGCCUUUGCCUCCGCGGCAACCUUCGUCAUGUGGCUGUAUCGCUCUUUCGUCCGGCCGGGAAGGGAUCUAGGCCGGCGCUAUGGCGCGUGGGCGGUGGUCACCGGCGCCACGGACGGCAUCGGUCGGGGCAUGGCCCUCGAGCUUGCGCGCCAGGGCCUACACCUGGUCUUGAUCGGGCGGAAUCCCGUGAAGCUCUCCCGUGUCGGCGACGAGGUCCAGAAGGCCGCGCCAUCCUGCAAGGUUAGGAGCGUGGUGUUCGACCUCGCCGGGGACGCGCCGAAAAUGUCUCGCGGUGUCGCGAGGGUGGCCGCGGCCGUGGAGGGGCUGGACGUGGGGAUCCUGGUGAACAACGCCGGCGCGACGUACCCUGGCGCGGCCUACUUCCACGAGGUGGAGACUCCAGUCUGGGAGGCGGUGGUGCGGGUGAACGUAGAGGCGGCCACGCGGAUCGCUGGCGUCGUCGUGCCCGCUAUGGCGAUGAAACGGAGGGGCGCCGUAGUCAACGUGGGGUCCGGAUCGUCGGUCGUGCUGCCGGCGUUCCCGCUAUACGCUGUGUACGCAGCAAGCAAGGCGUAUAUCGAUCAAUUUUCUCGAAGUCUAAGCAUUGAAUACAAACAAUAUGAAGUGGAUUUGCAGUGCCAGAUUCCCUUGUAUGUGGCCACCAAGAUGUCCCGAGUUGGCAACUCGUUGUUCAUACCAUCGCCGGAGGAGUAUGCCAAAGCCGCUGUUCGGUGCAUAGGUUAUGAGGCAGGAUGUGUCCCCUACUGGCGCCACUCGAUCCAGUGCUUUUUCGCGUCUCUGCUCCCAGAUUUGGCUCUUAAUGCUUGGCGUCUUCGAGUUGGCAUCCGGAAGAGACGGGAGAUGAAAGCUCCAUUGGGAGAGGAUGGCAGCUGA